AUGCCUUCUAACAAAGACCGGAUUUAUGUUGGUCUCCAUGCACGAGGAGGUAAAGCCACCAUGCCGGGCAAGGAAGACACAUACCAUUGGUCCCUGAUGGUAGGGCCAAAAGCUGAGACUGAGAAUAACACGGGUUUUCGCUAUCACGCAAAAGAGACCUUUAAGCCGGGAGGAGGCUCCGAAUGGCACUUUGAAGAGCUCGAGUGUCCUCUUGAUACCUCUGGGAUGCUGCUUGUUCGGAUCUUGAUCGGGAAGGUAGUGAAUGGAUACCAGACAGCCGAGAUUCUGCGUAAUACGCCUGUCCGACAAGGUCGACCUGGGUGGAAUUGUGUUGCGUGGGUGAAGGAGGCGCUGGAAACUCUCGAUGUCGACGAUAAAGCUCUAGGCACGCGAGUCCUUGAAUGGAGCAAAGUGCGAGAUGAGGCAAUGGAUUAUUGUCACUUAAAGAGAGAGCAACAUCGUUUCGAUGGACAGGGGAUCUUCGAUAUGAGAAGACCCCCAACUUAUAACCUAUUGGAACAACGAGAGAUUAUCCUAUAA